UUGUGCUCUUCAAGCCCACUUUACAGCCCAACUCCGAACCGAGCAGAAACAGAGCAGAGUACGGGUCUCCUGCGCCUGGCGUCGCUUGAACUCCUUAUAGUGAUCGUAACUUUUUUUUCCCCCUUCCCGAGGACUUCUUUGCCUCACUGUGCGCAAAGUAUUACGAGUCGCAACAGAUCUGGUUCUGCGACGGUAUGGCGAUGAGACUUACAUGGACGAAGUUGGAAAACUUUUGCUGACUUUAAAGUGGAGUUUUGUCGCCUCUCUUAAAGGCAUUGUGGAUUAUUGAAACACAGCAGAACUAACUGCGGAGUGACCUUUGGCGUCUGUUUAUUGGGGGACCUUCAACGUGGUAGAGUUGUGCCGAGGCCUUAACCGUGAAGCCUUUCGCCGCCGAGAUGGGGAGCAAAGCCCUGCCCGCUCCGAUCCCUCUCCACCCGUCUCUCCAGCUCACCAACUACUCCUUCCUGCAUGCGGUCAACGCCUUCCCGGCCGCGGUCGACCAGCUCCAGGGACUGUACGGCCUUAGCGCGGUGCAGACCAUGCACAUGAACCACUGGACACUAGGCUAUCCGCACAUGCAGGGACUGAGGUCGACUAUCACAGAGAUGGCUGCCGCUCAGGGCUUAAUGGAUCCCCGGCUUACCUUCACGGGGCUACCGUUCGCCGCACACCUCUUCCACCCCAAACAAGGCAUUACUCACUUUAUCCCCGGGCUGCACAAGGACCGACCACCGCGCUUUGACUUUGCCAACCUGGCGAUAGCUGCCACCCAGGAGGACCCGCCGAAGGCUGGGGAUCUUUCAAAGUUGACAGCGGGGCUCGGAAGCGCGAUAUCUGAGUUCAACAAACUGUCGCCUGAUAGAAAACCCACCCGGGGAAGGCUUCCGUCAAAAACGAAAAAGGAAUUUAUUUGCAAGUUCUGUGGCAGGCAUUUCACCAAGUCAUACAAUCUUCUGAUCCACGAGAGGACUCACACAGACGAGCGUCCUUAUACCUGUGACAUCUGCCACAAGGCUUUCCGAAGACAAGACCACCUGAGAGACCACAGAUACAUCCACUCCAAGGAAAAGCCCUUCAAAUGUCAAGAAUGUGGGAAAGGAUUUUGUCAGUCUCGAACUUUAGCCGUUCAUAAAACAUUACAUAUGCAGGAAUCUCCACACAAAUGCCCCACAUGCGGAAGAACCUUUAAUCAAAGAAGUAACCUGAAAACUCACCUUCUCACCCAUACAGACAUCAAGCCCUACAGCUGUGACCGCUGCGGAAAGGUGUUUCGGCGCAACUGUGACUUGCGACGGCACAGUUUGACGCACACUCCUCAUCAGGACUACUAGCCAAUCUGAGAAGGCUGAUGAACAGCCAAUACAAACAAACAAACAGACAAACAAACAAACCAAACGGACGUUAUUAACAGAGGAGACAACAACAUCGACGAACGUUUUCAUUUUCUUCCAUUGAAAGAAUAUAACAAACUGAACCGUGGACAAGCAAUGUUACAACGGAGUGAUGAGCAGUACAGCGCGUCAAGUGAAAGCCAAGGAGCCCAGACAGAGACAGACCGCUCUUCCUGCCUCUUCUACCUGUAGAGACAGACCGCUCUUCCUGCCUCUUCUACCUGUAGAGACAGACCGCUCUUCCUGCCUCUUCUACCUGUAGAGACAGACCGCUCUUCCUGCCUCUUCUACCUGUAGAGACAGACCGCUCUUCCUGCCUCUUCUACCUGUAGAGACAGACCGCUCUUCCUGCCUCUUCUACCUGUAGAGACAGACCGCUCUUCCUGCCUCUUCUACCUGUAAAUAUCAAGACUUUUGGAGCCCAUGUAAAUCAUGUAUUUUUUUGUAUUUUGUUGUUGUUGUUGUCCUUGAAUUAAAACGUUGUUUAAAAAACAACAACAACCCUAAUGUUUAAAGUAUGUUAAAUUGUAUUUUAGAAAUAAAGCAAGUUAAAUAUUCA